CCAAGCUGAGCGUGUUUUGACCGGCAAGAUCGUUUUUUAGUUUACUUAAAAAUAUGUAAAAACAGAGUAAAAUAAUAUUACAAAUCAAGUGGUUCGGCUGUGCCUAGUCUAUUGAUUUAUAUUACAAGAUGGAAUCUGUUAAUAGUUAUAUGGAAGUUUUCCAAAGAUCUUGGAAGGAAGGAAACAACGAUUCAUUAGUCGCAAUCUUGAAAUAUGGAAAUAAUUAUUUAAAAAAUGUGCCGCAAAGUGAAGGAGAAAGAGCUUUAGAAAUUAUAUUUGAAAAAGAAAGGGGACUCUUGAAGUUUAUUCAAUCUACAUUACUAAGCAAUAAUAUAGUCCAAUUCAAUGGAGCUGUCAAAGAAGCUUUUACGAUAUCUCAAUGGAUUAUGGAAUUUUUUAAGAAUGAUUAUGAACCAUACAUUAAGCAAACAAGGGAUCAAUGUUUUGUCUGCAUCAAAUCUCACAAUUGGUUUUUUCUUCGAAAAACUGGUGCUGAAACAUUGAAAAAAUUGAUAGAGUUAUUUCCAAAUCAUGAUAUGGCUUUAAAUGAGAUUGUCCAACAUUACAAUAAAUUUUACCCUGAACGAUAUAGUGUAAAAGAUGGAUGUGUAUUUUAUAUUGUACUUGGAGCAAUUGCAAAGUAUUGUCCUGCAAUUGAGAGUAUGAGCACUUCUAAUUUUAUUUAUAUGCAAAUACUCAGAGACAUAAACAAUCAGUUCAAAGGUGAUAGUUCAAAGCAACCAGAAGAAUUGAAAAUUUAUAUGGAGUGUUUAUCAAAUAUGCUUGUAAAUUAUAUACCAUUCGAAGGUAGUGAGAAGCAAGAAGCAUACUGUAAAAAGCUCUAUUUUUAUAUAUCAGAGCUUUGCAAGCCCAUGCAAGCUCAAAAAACUAUUAGAAACAUAGCACUGUUUAUUUUUACUAGACAAAUGGAAUAUUUUUCAUCAUUCAUUAAAGAAGAUUAUCUCAUGUGGCAUAAUUUGUUGAAUAAUAUAUUUGAAAAAGCUGAUAAUUACACAGUUUAUGAUGCCAUAAGAACUUUUUAUAAAACAAUGGCCAAAAAUAUGUUGGAAGAAAAUGAAAACCAUAUAUUUUCAUAUUUCAAAACUGAUUUCAUGAAGAGAUUUGGAAGUGAUAAUUUUAUACAUGAUAAAAAAAAGCCUCUGAUUAUUUAUGGUUUAGGAGAGCUCGCAGCUGCUUAUGCUAAAUUUUUGCCUGGUGAAAUUUACAAAUUAUUUCAAAUGUUAGCUGUGAGAGCAUUACCCUUUUACGAAAAGGAGGAGAUAGACAAAGAUUUUGAAAUGAUCAUAGAUUACUUACAAAGUUUAUCUAAAGUUUUGAUUCACAUGCCAGAAGUUACGAAGCAUCAGUUGAAUGUUGUGAUUGAGCUCAGUAUAUGCUUAGCUAAAAAAUUUCCUCAGUAUACAAAUUCUUUUCAAAAGUAUUCUACGAAAGUAUUGAAAAUCAUUUUUGUCAAUAUCAGUCAAUUGGAUAAUAACUUGCACUCUGAAUAUUUUGUGUCUUUUUUUUAUGAAGGCAUACUGUGGUCUUGUUCUCAUGCUAUAUCAAUCGACGUGGAGCUUCAGCAAGAAAUUGAACCGAACAAAGAGAACUGGAGCUAUAAAAAUUAUCUACUAUUUUGGCAGUCACUUUUCCAAGAUGAAGAUCCACUAUUCCUUCAGAUAUUCGAUUACUUCGUACAAACCCUUACGACAUUCAUAGACAAAUUAAAUUUAAAUUUAACAGUCGAACAUAACGAAUGUUUUUCUAACCCGUUGCUUUCUAUGAAAGCCGUAAACGAAACUGAUUAUCGGUUUUUCAUCAAUCUCACCGAUUUGUAUUGCGAUAUUUUCGACAGCAUCGAUAGCGUUUUAUUUCAAAAUUGGAUAGAAAAACUUUUUAUCUACUUUAUUAAAUCUUCAUAUUCACAUCCACUGGUUUCCGGAUUCUAUAAAUUCAUUGAAGUCAUACUCACGAAACCCGACGUAUUAUCCGAGUACAAGGAAACUUUCAAUCGCUCAAGUAGUGAUUUGAUUAGUCAAUAUUUAGUCGAUAUCGUUACUCUUAUUCCAACGUACUCUGGUGAAUUGCAAUUAUCCUGCAUCAAUUUGAUAUUCAGUAUUCCAUCAUCCUUUGUCUUAGAUGUAAUUGACAAACUUACAGUAACUUUCAAAAUUGCAUUCCGCAUUGGUUUGACAAAUCUUUCAUUGGCGUUUAACGCUUUAGAAACUUUGGAAAAUUGGUCAAAAAAUUCUGAUAUCAAAUUCUCCAAUGAGUUCUAUAUGCAAAUCGUACAUUCUCUAGAACCGUAUCUAUCCAGUGAAGAAUAUUCUCUAGAAAUGUUCGAAUGUAGAAGAAAGAAGCAAAAAGAUAUCAAAAAUAUCGUCAUGCACAUCGACGAUAAUCUCAAAGUAUUUCAGAGUAAAAUUCUUCUGUUCUACGGUUCUCUCGACUCUAACAUUCUUUUCGACUUUAUUCACCAAAAAACAAUCAUCACCAACGCGACCUGGAACAAAAAAGAUCUAUUACAAUGUGAGCUUUUGUAUUCAGACUGCCGUUUAGAAAUUCACUAUGACAAAUUAAUCUUGAGAAUCAUUGAUUUAACUAAAAGUGGAGAUCGUCAAACGAAACUUUCAGCCUGUGAAUUUUUACACUCUAUUAUUACCAUAAUCCUCGGUAAGAAAUUGAUGGAUCAAUGUUUUAACAGGAAUCUUUGCCGUACGAUUCUUUCGCUUGGAUGUGAUCCCGAUGACGUAAUUCGGAAUUUGUAUCAUCCUUUAAUCAUUCAAUUAACUCAUUUUUUAAGCUCUCAAUUGAUGAAGGAAUCGCGUGUACCUCAAGAUUUCUUAGACAGCCUUUUCGAAGGUCUUUCCGAAGAAUUCAAUUCAUCGAUGAAUGAUUACUGUGGGAUUUAUUUGAAGGAGUUUACCCAAUGGUCGAUCAAACAAUCGACUGAAAAUAAUCUUACCGACGUACCGAAUAUCAGAAGCGUUCUACUUAGAAUUAUUAAUUUAGCUUCUUACUCUUCUGAUAAAAAUCAAAGAGCUGCUGCCAUUGCUUUUAAUUACAUACACUCGACGUUAUCUGAAGAACACAAUGAUAUUUUGAAUACUUACUGGUUGGAAUUUUUAUACGUAUUUGUCAAGAGUAUGGAACACUCAUGUAACAUUGAAAUCAUCACUGCUGUCGACCACAUCGAGGCAGAUAUCAAAUUGAAAGCGAAUGUGUUUUUAGCGAAAAGUCCGUCUAGAAAGAAACCAGCAUGCUUCGUAAAAGAGACAUUAAAAGGAGCGUUAAUUUGGUUGUUUGAUGAAUGUGGUUCGUUAAACGUUAAAUGUAGAUCGAAACGUAUGACGUUAUUUGAGAAUUUGCUUUUGCUGAUUAAUUAUCAAAAUAAUUUUCAAGAUGUACUUUCAAAGAAUGUUCAUAAGAUUGCUUUGAAAGAUUUAAGAGAAGAUGUUACAAUUGAGAAUGCGAAUGUUUUUUUAAAAAGCUUGGAUUUUUAUAUUUGGGUGUUACAGAAAAACAUCAUUUCAGCUGAAAGAUUAUUUGCAGAUAGAAAUGAGUUGCAUUUAUUUUCACAGUGUUUUUCUAAUUUUCUUUCUAAGAUUGUCAAUGAAAAUGCUGAGAGUUUAGAUAAUGUCAAGCUUUUCAAUUUGUUUGGUACGAUCAGUUUGAAGAUUUUGGAAUAUACAAUUGCCACUAAAGAUAACAAUUCAAUAGUUCCUAUCUGGCAUAAAGAUUUUUAUUCAUUACUGUCUCGAUGUAUUUUGAAUCCUAGUUCUGUAGGAUUGACAGUCAAGAACUUAGAAUUGAUUGAAAAGUUACCUGGUCAUUUUCGUAUUUUGUUAACAUUGAUGAUAAAUUCUCAAAAGAAGGAAUGUCAAGGGAUAAUUCUUAAUGAUGUGAGGAUAUAUUCAUCAAAUUUUACUGAUUUCCGAGGCUUGAUUAGCCUUAAAAAUAACACACAUACCUUACAAGAUUUCGUACAAGGUUUAAUCAUACUGAAGCAGUGCAAGUUUAUAGAUUUUGAAAAAGAGUUGAAUUUUGACGAUAAGUGGAUCGAAGACCGAUUGAAAGAGCUUUUUGAAUCACUGAAACACGAAAUAAUGAAUGAAGAUAUCUGUAAAAAGCUGGACGAUAAUGUCAAGAAUUACUUCAAUAUUUUAUUAAAUUUUCUUCUCUUCGAUUGCCAGAAUCAGAUAUUAGAAACACUUAUUACUUUGUUGAUGAACAAGGAUCCACUGUUACGUCCAAACGGUUCCAUUAUUUCACACGGUGAAUACUUUUUAGAAACAUUUAAAACACCUAUACUUCAUAGUCUCAUCGCAAACACGUCUGAAACAUUAAAAAUCAUCGAUGGAUUUUUCAUUAAAUCACCAAACAAAUCAUUUUUACUGAUUGAAGAGCUUGUGCGUUUCUCCAAAACACUUGAGAAUACAAAUUUAUUCGACGAGAUUAUCCAACGUUUUGAUAAGCUUAAACGACAGAUCAACAAUAUAACAUACAGACAAGAGAAAUUUUUGAGUAUUUAUCGUAUCGCUAUAACAUUGAAAAAGAAACCAACUCAUGCCGUGAAAAACAGUGAAUUAUACUGGUGGAUACUCGAGCAAUUGUCAUCAGCAACUGAGUUAGAGAAGAAAAAUAUGCUCUUGCGCAACUUUCUUGUAUGCUUAGUCGAUGAAUCAACCAAAAGUCCCGAAGUAUCCAUGAUCUUCCGUCACCUUCGGCAUCAAGAUUCAGCAGUGUACCUUCGUGAAUUUACAGGCAACGACGCAUUGAAAUUUCAAGCAGCCUCGUGUUUUCAAAUUCUCUCAAAAUCCCUUAUCGCAACAAAGAGUCUCAUAGUCUUCGAAGCUUUAUUAAAAUUUUCCGCUGGAAUUCUCACAAGUAUCUUCAAAGGCAAUACUCAUGACUAUGUAGCAUUAUAUUUCUCUAGUAUAACCAAUGUCACCGCAUUAAAAUCUCUUCAUCUCGCUUAUAGAACUUUCAUGGAUCUCUCAUUAACCAACGAUCGUUUGAGCAUUCUCUAUCAUUUCUUAUUACCUUCAAUCAAAUGUUGCAACUUCUCCGUAGUCAAUUCGUUUUACAUCGAAUCUCACGCAGAUAUGGUUUCGAUAAUUUCAACCAACGUCGUUUUUGAAAAUCCCGUCGAUGCUGCCAAACUUUCAACCUCAAAAAUCGGCUGCUUCAACAUCUUCGAGAUACUAUUCGCUCAAUUUGAUCUACCAAUAGUAAAAAUCAACGACAAAUCAAUCAAUCAACUGAUCAUUUUACAGUCACUAGAUAUUCGUCGUAUACCAUCGGCAGAUCGUCUACUUCACUGUGCAGCACUCAAUUGUUGCAUAGCUUUGGUGAGUUUAAAAGACGAGCAGAAGUAUUACAAGUACGUAUUCGUGGAGGAUCGACGUAAAAAUCAAUUACUCUGGGAACGGAUCGUCGACUGUAGUAAAGAAUACACCUUCACCGAAGAUUCAUUGAAUAUACGUAAGGAACGCAAGAAACUUUUAAACAUUCGUCGUAAAAUUCAACCGAUGACUGACGACUAUCUACGUAAGCCCGAAUUAACGUCAUUGACGUUAUUCGAAAAUAUUCACGCUUACGAUCUCAACGAUAUUCGUCUUCUCACACAACCUAAGACAGAUAGCUUAUUAGGAUUGAGUUUCGAGAACGAUGAGUUGAAUAAUCACGAAUGUAUGCCAAUGCUGGUUGGUUUGUUAGUACACAUGUUCAACAAUGCUAUCGCAUCGACCACGAAAACCGAUGAAUUACCAGAUUUCUUGAAAAUGUUCAGAAAUGGUUUUGGUACGCAAAUGGACAACGUAAGAUUGUUUCUUUUGAGAAUCGUGAGUAACGUAAAGCAAGCAUUUCUACCAUUUAUGUCACACUUCUUUCUCGCUAUUGUUUCAACUUUGUCGAGUUACUUAGCUAAUAACGCAUUGAAUUACAUAAUACGAGAUACGCUUCUUAUACUCAUUGAAUCUAAAACUCAGCCAACGUCAGAUCAAGAAAAAUUAGCAGCUAAUCGAUUGUUACAAAAACUGAUUGAACGCGUACCAGAAGCACAAAACGUUCUAACUCAUUACAACAUUAAUCUUCUCGAGUCUUUGUGGACAAACUGGUUUAACAAUGUUAGUUGGCCAGGUGAUGCUAAUGUUAAGUCACUCAUCGCUGCAAGAAUUUCCCUCGUCGUUUUGAGAAGUCAAGCCGCUCUAACUUUUUCUAAAACUAAUGAAGCUAAAGCACUACGUGAUUUAGUAAUUGCAAGCUUAGAACAAAUUAACGCCCAAGAAAGCGAGUCUAACAUAAUAGCAGGAUUCGAGACACUCGGUUGGUUACUCAAAUUCAAUGUUGCCGAGGAAUCUCUAAUUGACAAACUCGAUUUACUAUUAGUCAAGAUGGAAAUCAAUAAUGUCGAACGCAGUGCCAAGUGUGUCUGCGCAUUGUAUCGUGGUUGGAGUUCCGAAGAAGGUUGUAAAAAAAUGUUUAGAUUUACGAAUAGAUUGGGUAGAUUAACCGACUCGGUGAAGUCACAAUGUAUCGAGUUGUUUAUAAGCAGAUUGGACAAACUCGAUCCUAGUGUAUUAACUGCGGAAUUGUCUUUAAUGAAUCUUAAGCCUUUGUUAUUGAAUCACACGUUGAGCUGUGAAGGACCAAUACUCAAUUUACUCGAGAAACUUGUACCAUUGUUGCCAGAGAAUGAGUUGAAAGCAUAUACAGAUAUAGUUUCCAAUUCGUAUUACAGCGAACCACAAUGUUGUUUAUUGGAACACAGGCGUAGAGUUUAUCGAUUCCUUGGCGCUACUAAUUGUUUGAAGCCACUUAUACGUGCGUUAGCUUUUGAAACUUCGGAUGAAUUACGUCGCGAAUUGUUAGAUUUCUGGACAACGAAAUUACCGGAAGGUUGUCAAGAUCGUUUGGUUGAAUUACUUAAGUUGUACGAACCAAACGUGGGUUUCUCAAGAUUCAUAUGUCUAUUGAUGUUAGAAUUAACGAAGAAAGCACCAGAUAACCAGCGAACGAUGUUUCGCCCGCUUAACGACAAAGUUGUAUUUCAUGAAUACGAACUUCUUGUACCUUGGAGACGAAAAAAUCUUGCAUCCUGUGCACCACUAUUCUUACCAUCUUUAGCUUCAGCGAGUCAAAUGUUACAACACAAGCAAAUAGCUUCAUCAUGUAACUCGCAAUUUAGUCAAGAUGCUUACUGGCAACCACUCGUAUCUUACACGAAUACAUCAACGCUACCCGAACCAUCGAGGAAUAAAUUGUCAAUACGAACGUUUACCGAAAGACUAAGUCAGGAUUGUUAUCACGACAAAUUAAGAUUAGAAGCUAAAAAGAAAAUUCGUACGAGAAGGUCGUUCAGAAUUGGUGAUUUACCGGAUAUCGAGAUUACACAAGAAAGUUUUGUCGACGGAUUGCAACAUAUUAUCGUUAUAGAUUCACAAUGUUGUCGACAGAUGACUAUCAAUAUACUAGAAAAAUUAAUUGAGAGAGCAAGAAAUGACGAGAACGAAGCGAGAAAGAAUCGAUUGCAGAAUGUGAUAACGAGUGUGAGCGAAAAGGCAACUGAUGAUUUUGGACCGAUAUUGUUGGAAGCAAUUAUACACUACAAAGAAUUAUUGAAGGAAGUUAACGUUACUGUAGCUGCAAGAGUUUGCAAUACUCUAGGCUAUCAUUCACUUGCCACACUGUUAAUAGAGCAACGAUUAAUUUCUAAAGAAAAUACCGAAGAUGAUAUAAGGCCAUUAAAGCUACCACGUUUACAAAAUGAUAACAACGACGAGCGUGGAAUCUGGGCAGAAUUAGCGAAGCUUUAUCGAGCAAUCGAAUUGAGUGAUGUGGUAAGUGGAAUAUACAGUCGUCCAGAUGUAUUCUCCGUUGAGUUACGUCAAGCUGCUCAAGCUCAUGCAGCUGCGGAAUGGUUGGAAGCUAAAAACGCUUACGAACUAGCUUUUGACGAAGGACCUUCUUUGGAAAAACAAUAUUGCUUCGAAGGUAUGCUAGAAUGUCUCGCACAAUUAGGUUCUUGGAGUAAAAUCUCGCAGAAAUUAAAGAAUGAAGAUGUACGACAUCACAGUAGAAAAGAUUAUUUAUUACCGAGAAUGAUCGAAUCGCAGCUUCAUCAGGCACUCGACGAGUUGACGAGUAACGGAGAAGUACAGAAUCGUGACUUUAUUAAAAAUCUCGAUAGUUGGUUAGGUGAUUCGAGAAUUGAUUUUCCUGAGCAGAUGUGUGUUUUUUAUCUGUGUGGUGAAGAUUCAGAGAAUUCAGCUAGACAUGCACUUAAACACGCCAUUGAUCGAUUACGAAAUCGUUGGGUGAAGUUUAACGAGAAGAAACCUGUGGAGUUGAGAGCUGUUUAUAAUAUCUACGCUUAUGCUCAGUUAUUGAAGAGUCAAGAUAUGGAGGAAGCUACGAAAGAACUGAUGAAAAGCUGGGAACUAAAUGGACCACAAUUAGGACAGGAUUUAUUGAGCUGGAAUAAACUUGUUGGGUACAGAUUAACGUUUGCUCAUUUGUUGCAUGAAAAGAUUCAGAACGAUAAUUCGCAGUCUAGUUUACUCAACGAUUUGAUAGCAGCAGGCGUAUCUCAACGAUUAAAACUCAGCAAUAUGGCGAUAUCCUUACGCAACAACAUCGUUGCGAAAAAACAUACUAUCGGCGCUGAACGUACUCUCGAGAGUCUUUCUAAAAUCGACUAUUCAAAGUUACACGAAGACUUUUUAUUCACCGCGUCAAAAUAUAAACUCAUAUGCGCUCAUGUCGAGACAAAUCCACGAAAGAAGUUCAAGUAUUACGUAGGUGCUUGGCAGAUCGCUCAUAAUUUACUAUCUGAAGCUCAGUUGAGAAUCGAUGUUCAACAACAUAUAUUUGAUGUAACGGUUGAAUUGAGAUCUGCUAUCGAAGAGAAUCUUGAUUUCGUACAAUCACUCUUGAAUGAGGAGUUCGUCGUUGAAAAAUUAAGCCUAGAAAGGGAAGAAGAUUUAUUCGAAGCUUUAAGAAAGUACUCUUACGAAACUAUAAAGAGUGCUUGCGAAACAGGUGAGAGUUUCGCUAAGUUCGGUAAAUACUGUUACAGUCUUCUUCGGCAAGAGCCAUUGGUAAUAGAAGAUUUCAUAUCAGCUAUAUUGACUGGUAUGAGUCUUGGAUCAUUGCAAGCUACACAGUACUUUUCAUGUCUGUUAAAGUAUCAAUUUUAUCAUAAUAACGAAUUUACGACGAGAUUGUUUAAGAGUAAAUGUGAGAGUGUACCGAGUUGGCUGUUUAUUUCAUGGCAAGCGCAGAUUAUGUCGUAUCUGAACAAACCAUUUGGAGAAUCGUUAGUGCCGAUAAUUAGAAGGCUUGCGAAAGAGUAUCCCCAAGCAAUUAUGUAUAAUUUCAAGCAAAGUUACGAGAGCUUUCCCGAGUUGAAAGAAAAUGAUAACAUAAGAUGUAUCUAUGAAGAGUUGUUUAGAGAUGGGAAGGUAGAAAAGUAUUGUGAGGCUAUGCAUAGAGUUUGUCAGCCUGAACUAUACCUCAGACAUUACUUAUUGAAGGUAUUCGAAGAAUCUAAAGAUCACAGAACCGUCGUUGACUCUUUACUCGGUAACCAAGAAAAUAUCCAACAAGGUUCUCUCUAUAAAGUGCUAGAAAAGUUUCGACCUCAGUUAGAACGAAUGAAAACUCUUGAUUACGAAGCCGCGAAAAAACUCGCCGAAGAUAUCAGCUGCAAGCUUUACGAGUCGAUGAAAAGACGUCUUGAUAAAGCAAAACUUCACUCGGUACAACUUAAAGAUUACAGUCCAUAUCUAGCAGAUUUUACCAGUGACAAGUUUGAAAUUGAAAUUCCCGGCCAGUACGUUGAUGGUAAAAGACCGUUACCGCAAUAUCACGUAAUAAUAUCACGGUUCGAUCGAUUCGUUCAUGUUAUGAACUCUAAGUGGAAUCCAAUUAGAAUUAAUUUUAUAGGCAACGAUGGCAAAAGUUACGGUUAUUUAGUGAAAUUCGGUGAAGAUUUGAGACAGGAUCAGAGAUUACAGCAGAUAUUUAGAUUAACGAAUAAGACGCUCCAGGAGAAUGUGAAAUGUCGACAGAGAUAUCUGUCAGUAAACACUUAUCACGUAAUACCAUUGUCAAUGAUGUUAGGUCUUAUCGAGUGGGUCGACGAGACGAGAUCGUUGAAGGAAUUUAUUGAGUUUUCUAUGUCAGGAAAAGCAGUAAUCGAGAAAGUUGCUAGGAUGUAUGAAACUUGGAUAGAACUUGCUAAGCGACCUAGACGACAAAGUUAUAAAGAAGCUUUAUUGAAGUACAGCACGGAAGAUGUUGUCACGAAGAUGCACGAAUUGAUCGGUUACAUCGACUGGGAUUGCUUGCGACGAAGCUUCUUGAAUAUCAGUACGAGUUUGCAAAGUUUCAUCACGUUGAGGCAUAAUUUUGUUACGAGUUACGCGACUAUGUGUCUUAUUCAUUGGCUCACUGGCGUUGGAGAUAGACAUUUGGAAAAUAUUCUUGUGAAAGUGAAGACUGGAAAAUGCUGUGGUAUCGAUUUUGGCGCUGCUUUUGGUGCUGGCGUUGAUCAAUCUGUGCCUGAAUUGGUUCCGUUCAGAUUGACUCCACAAAUUGUAGGAUUGUUCCAGCCGUUUGAUGAACAAGCUUUAUUUGGAAUUACUAUGACACGUGUUUUAAGUACUUUGAGGGAUGAAAAAGCACCAAUUUUAGCAUUUUUAGAUACAUUUGUGCAUGAGCCUAUUGAUUGGAGCAAGUACGCAAGAAAGAAAUUGAAAGAAAAUGACGAAGAAAGAAAAGAUGUAAAGUGGAUGCCCAAAAAACGUAUUGCCAUAAUUGAGCAAAAACUGAGCGGAGUAAAACCUUCAAAAAUUAUGAUUGAAGAAUUAGCUAAUAUGCAUGAUGAUACGGAUGAAGAAAACAAAUAUUUUUCAAAAUAUGAAGUUAUUGUUAACGGAAUAGAUCAGCAACACAUUACCAUUAGAUCGAUGAUGAAAAAUGAAUUUCUUACGCCUAAAGAACAGGUUCGGUGUUUAUUGGAUCAAGCAACAGACUUGAAUCUACUCGGGCGAAUGUGGCUUGGAUGGAUGCCAUUUGUGUAACAAUUAUACAAGAAGUAUUUUUAAUUCUUAUUUUUUAUAUAAAUGCUCAGUGUUUUAGUGAUAAAAAAGUAUAGAAAACUAAACUUUUUAUACAAUAAAAAUUGUUAUUCUUUUAUAAAUAUACAUACUGUGUUUCGAAUCUUCCGCUACGAAAGACAACAGCGCCGCUAAAGUAAAACGUCGUCACUGUCACUCAUCAGCGCAGAACUCUGAACUCAGGAGUUAGGUUAGGACAGUACUAUUACUAUAUACCAUAGCGUCAAAA